AUGGACGAAGUCGAGCAAAGUAAUGAUGCUUUCCGAGCACGAAAGGCUCGUCUCAACAGAGGUAUCCGAAAAAUGCGCCUUGAGAGAGCGUACCUGCUCGAGAUGCUCGGCAGACGGAUGAAGAAGAAUGGAGGUAGUAUAGAUGGACUGCCCGUCUAUGACGAAGACAGCGAUGGAAGCAGCGAAGGUCCGCCAACACCAAACGGACGACCUCUUCGAAAUAAGCGAAGCCAUCGCCGUGACGACUAUCAGUCAUCGCCUCCCCCAGGCGAGUACCACACGCGCCAACAGCAGCAUUAUUAUCCCGGCCCAUACCAUCACCAUUCACAUCAUCAACAUGAAUCCCCGUACGGACCAGUGCCGAAUGGCCAUCGUCCUCCGCCUGAUUACCCACACCCUGAACACAUGAUGAUACAUCAACAACAGCAGCAACAACAUCAACACAUCCUCCCACCUCAUCAUCACAUACCCUCUCAACACCUACCACCACAUCCACAUACUGUGAUCAGCCCCGUUCCGGUUCCUAGCGCUUUCGCCAUGUUCUUCGAAAAUAAUUAUCUCUCGCAACCCCACAAGCACUCAGGAGCACGUACAGAAGAGGACCUUCUCAAUCUCGCGCGCGAGCAUUGGGAUUCCGCGAAAUUCGCCAGCCAACGAGGCAUGUAUGUAGCACAGGCGGAAAAGCAGAUGAAACUCUAUAAGGAAAAUGCGAGGGCCUACAACAUGGCUGUAGAGCAGCACCAACAAGAGCAGGGCCCACAGAUUCAUCCGAAGAGAGAAGCUGACGAAGGCGAAGACCAACCAAAUAUGGAAAAUGCGGCGCCGGCCGAUCAAACCUAUAAUCCUGAUACAGAAGAUGUGGAGAUGGCGGACACCAGUCGACCAGUGGAGGCUGCUGGUUUUCGACCCAUCAAUGAGUAA